AUGUCCGCCCAAAUAGUCUCGGUUUCUGGUUCCGAUCAGACUGAAACGGCUCUAACUUCAGGCCAUUUCAAAGUCGACAUUGGGAGAUAUAUUGCGGCUGGAUGUUUACGCAUCUCGCAGCCUGAUUCCAACAUCGCGCUUGACGCAUGGCAAAGCUGCUCAAGUUGGAAAUCGGUUGCGCCACUGCCAGAAGCACAUCUUUUUUCUGGUCAAACAUUCAUAGAUGCAUCAUUACAGAAAGCUCUUCUCGCCACCUCGCUCCUCCAACCUUUCGUCAGUCUUCAAACCUCGCAAUGGAUACGAUUGGAAUUCCGAGUAAAUGAUUCGGUCCAUGGACAGGUCCGAGUCUAUAUCUUACCUGAUGAUGUCGGACGCUCAGUGAUCAAUCGAAACGUUCCAGCAUUGCGCAAAGCCUUGCUACUACUACUCAAUCAAAUCGAUAUAUCUGCUGCUACGUGGAAUGGCCAGUGGUUCAAAGACUCCCUGAUACGUCACGUGGAUACCUCGUUGGAUUUUGAGUCCUCGGCAGGGGAGGAGCCUUCUCUCUUUCAAUUGUUCAAUACUCUGCCAUCCCCAAAGCCAGAUCCAGAUAUGGUUUCAGAUCCAUACGUUAGGAAUGCGAUGUACCAGAUUCUGGAUAGUGACAUAGAGGGGCUGAAAACAGAGAUGUAUAAAUAUCAGCGACGGUCAGCUGCACUCAUGCUUCAACGCGAAUCCAAACCAGCUCAGUUGUUGGAUCCUCGGCUCAGACAGCUUGUUGAUCUAAGAGGUAUGACUUGGUAUUGCGACAUAGAUAGUGGAUCUUGUUUCCGGGAACCUCGCACAUAUGAAGCAGCUCGAGGCGGAAUCUGUGCCGAGACUAUGGGCUUGGGGAAGACCUUAAUCUGUCUGGGCCUCAUCAUGGCAACUCGGGAUGCAACAUCCCAAAUACCCAAUGAGUAUCUGGCUGGUACAUUUCCUGUCAGAAAGAAAACUGCGUCGAUGAUGAACAUGGCAGCUGCUGCACUCGGUCGCCUGGGAGUGCCAUGGAAACGCCAGCUUACUGCUCUAGAAGCUCGAGAAGGGUAUCGAUUUGAUCGUUGCCGAGAGGCUCUUGACAGCAAUACAGGUUUCUACAUGCUUCCAUCUCCAAGCCCCCGCCGACAAUCAAGAAACCCGAAAAUUGUUGCUCCUAGGAAGAUCCUCUUGACCUCGGCAACGAUUGUUGUAGCGCCAGCAAACUUGAUUCAACAAUGGCAACAUGAGAUUAAGAAGCAUACGACUGGAUUGAAAGUGUUGGUGAUGAAAACAAUGUCAGAUGUUCUUCCUCGCGCCGAAGCCCUUGUGGAUUGCGAUAUUAUUCUUUUCAGCAAACAGAGAUUCGACAAGGAAGCAGCGUACGAGGUCGACGACAAUGAUCACUCUGGCUCGACUUCUCGACAGACAUUUCUAAAUGGGGGCCGACCUGGGCGGACGGCUGUUAUGAUGAAGGUCUAUCAUUCGCCUCUGAAAGAUCUGCACUUCAAGCGCUUAAUUGUCGACGAAGGCCAUACGUUUGGGAAUUCAUCCAGCUCUUCGCGGACUGAAGCAAGUGCUGUUGUUGAUUUCCUACAAGUAUCAGCUCGGUGGAUUGUGUCAGGAACGCCGACAAAAGGACUUUACGGGGCCGAAGUUGGUAUUGGAAGCUCACAGACCACUUCACGAGAAGAUACGCCCUCAUCAUCGAGCACUCCUUCCGCUAUCGCAGAUAUUCCAUUGAAGGCAGUAUCUGCUUUAUUGGACACCCCUACAUCCGAUUCUUGUUCGCAAGCCUCAAGCAAAGAGUUGAGUAUGUAUCAUAAGCAGGAACGGAAAGACAUUGAGAAACUUGGUAAUAUUGCCACAUCUUACCUCAAGGCAAGACCUUGGGCAAAUCGUCCAGAUGAUAAUGAUUAUGCAUCCUGGUCUCACCUGAUCAUGCAACCACGCCAUGGAUCUAAAAGCCGAGGCAACUUAGAUUGCCUAAGAGCCACUUUGGAAGGGAUGAUCAUUCGUCACCAGCAAUCUGAUGUUGAACUCGAGGUUACGCUUCCUCCCCUAUACCAAAAUCUGGUCCUUUUGGAAGGUUCCGUACAAAAUAAAUUAUCUCUGAAUACAUUUAGUAUGAUGAUAACCGCAAACGCCGUCCUUUCGGAGCGUAAGGACGCUGAUUAUUUCUUCCAUCCACGGCAACGAAGAAAUUUGCAGCAGCUGGUAUCCAAUCUCCGGCAAGCGUCGUUCUUCUGGUCAGGUUUUGAAACGGAGCAUAUCACAAAUACAAUUGAGAACGCAAAAGACUUUCUACGGGACAGGAAGGUCCCUAUCUCGCCCGAAGAUGAAGUACUACUCAAUGAAGCUAUCAUGCAAGGACAGUGUGUUCUUACCAAUAGUAUCUCCAAAGUUAUUUCCGAAUACCACGAGAUGCCUAUGCAUGUCGACAAUGACCUUUCUGAUGAGAUCCGGAAGGCAUGGUCCCUAGUUCACGAACCAGGAAACCCCACAAUUAUGGGAGCUACGAUGGUGCAUGCUGCCCAGAAGUUCGUGGAAACGCAGCUUUACAAGGAAGAUCCCACAGACGAAUUGGUUGGGGCCGGACGUGAAGCCAUGUCUGCUGCGAUCGCUGCCGUACAACCGCAGUCGCCCAGGCCUCGGAAAAGGAAGUUCAGGGACGCAAACGGCGUGAAGAAAGCCGUAGACGUCGCUCCCACUCUCGCAGGUGGUGUCACGAUUGGUGAUGAGUCCAGUUCUCGGAAACGACCUCGCACCUCAUUGUCUACCACCAAACGGGCAAGCAGAUCGUCUGACUCGGAUCUCCUCAAUAUCGAUUCUAUCGAUAUUACCAAUGACCAAGAAGAAGAUGAGGCUACUAUCCAGAAACAGCUGGACGCUCAAUUGCAGCCUAAGUCCGUUCUCAAGAAGUCCUCCAAACCCGACAUCUCAGGCACGCUUGACGCAUCGUCACCUCUGACAACAGCAAAAAUAAUCUCUACUGCCUCUGCCAAACUCUCAUAUCUCAUGGAUGCCAUAACACAGCACUCGUCUACAGAGAAAAUCCUUAUCUUCUAUGAGGCUGACAACGUCGCCUACUACAUUGCACAAGCCCUCGAAUGUCUCGGCAUCAAGCAUCUCAUUUACGCCAAAACUCUUUCCUCAGCCAGGCGAAGCCAAUACGUUGUGACUUUCAACCAGAGCGAAGUGUUUAGGGUCCUCUUAAUGGACGUUACCCAAGCUGCCUUCGGCCUCGACAUGUCAUCUGCCAGCAGAGUCUAUUUCGUCAACCCGGUUUUUUCGCCUCAAGUCGAGGCACAGGCUGUCAAACGGGCUCACAGGAUCGGACAGACAAAGCCCGUGUAUGUGGAGACGCUAGUGCUAAGAGACAGUAUCGAAGAGGUAAUCUUGGAAAGACGCAAGGAGCUGAGCACAGAGGAACACAACUCUUGUAAAAGCAUUUUGGAUGAUCGCACGAUGUACGAUUGGAUCCGGAAUGCGAGAUUCCUAGAUGUGAGAGGGCAGGACGAAGACAAUGGGGAAGUCAGUGGGGAAGAUCGGAAGGAGCCAGAGCAGAUGGCCAUGCUGGAAAACCCACGAUUGGUGUUUGGACGUGGCGUCGGGAAUAUCGCUGAUCCGGAUCAAGAUCUUAUCUUGGGUGAUAGUCCUGAUGGGAAAGCUAAGCAGAAGAGCAAGAUUAUGAUUAAGCUCAAAGUGGGACCUACUAUCAAAUUCAGUGGUGACAGUGGCGAAGAUGAAGGGAACGGUGUGCGUCUGAGUGCGAAAGCGAAGGGAAAGAGGAAAGUUGGGUUUGUUGAUGCUGGUGAUGAUGCUGAUAGUAAUUAUAGAGAUCAGGGCAUAGGAGAGACUAGGAAUGGUCACACACUUACUGCAACAAGUGCAGAUGAUCAAGUUGUGAAGAAGAUCAGAUUUGCUUAG